AUGGAUGUGACAGUCACAAGUCACUUGUUGAGUCAUUUGACCUUUGCCACGUCACCAGGUCAAGGACAGGUCACAGCGACCUCUGCCCCCAGCAUGUCAGCUGACCUGAGUGACCAGUUCCAGUUCUGGUUCAACAUCCUGGUGCCAGUCUUCACGUCUGCUGGGGUCAGCGGUCUGGGCAUCGUCACAAACGUCAUCAAUAUCAUGGUCUUUAAAAGACAUGGCCUCCAGGACAGCGUGACCAUCCUGUUGUUUGGGCUGUCUGUCCUUGACCUAGUCUCUGUCCUCAUCACCCUCUGGUCAUCCGUCUGUUACGGCCUUGAACUUCUCGACCCCCCAUACCUGACCUUCGACGCUUUCGGCCUGUACGUCAUGACGGCCGCCUUGCCGCGCAUCGUCGUGUCGCGUCUGACAUGCUGGAUGACAGCCGUCAUCUCUGUCCAGCGCUGUCUGUCUGUCGUGCUACCCUUCAGGUCCAGGCAAAUCAUCACGGCUAGAAGCUCGGUAGCCACGGUAGCCACAGUCACUCUGGCGGUAGCCUUUAGCUACCUGUGGAUGUUUACUGUCCGCGAGAUCCAGGUCAAGGUCGACCAGACCACGAACGUGACAAAGUUGUUCUACGUCUACGUGACCAAGGGAAAAAUCGACGAAAUCGUCAACGUGACACUCUUUCUCGUUUUACCUUUCGCCAACUUCAUUCUCAUCCUCAUGUGCACGGUCGUCAUGAUUACGUCAUUGAAGCGGGCAACAAAAUGGCGGUACAAAGUGAUGUCAGGAUCAGAGAUACCCAGCCACGCUGAAGCUAAUCUCACGAGAAGAGAGAGGAAGACAAAACUAGACUCUCACGCUGACGUCAAGGGUCAAGGCUGUGAUGAUACCAAAGGUCAAGGGUAUUCCAAUGGUGACGUGAAGACGACGAAGGAAACGAAAACCUCCAAACUUAUCGUCGUCAUCAUGACGAUAUUCAUCGUCUGCAACCUGCCCAGCAACGUGCUGGUUGCCGCCAGAAACAUCGUCCCUGGCUUCAACGACUUCGGUCGUCUGAAGAAUCUCUUCAUGACGUCAUACAGCCUGGGGCUACUGCUGGAGGCGGUUAGCUCCAGCGUCAACAUAUUCGCCUACUACAGCAUGAGCAGUAGGUUCAAAUCUACUUUAGACAACAUGGGCAGUAGGUUCAAGUCUACUUUAGACAUCAUGAGCAGUAGGUUCAAAUCUACUUUAGACAUUAUAGGUAGUAGGUUCAAAUCUACUUUAGACAUCAUGAGUAACAGAUUCAAAUCUACUAUAGACCACAUGAAUAGUAGGUUCAAAUCUACUUUAGACAGUGUCCUCAACCUAUGA